AUGUCCCAAGGAGUAAUAAAGCCCCAUGGAAAACUUUCGAACAAAACUUCUUCGGUGCAAGGGGUCACAGCAGUUAAACGAUACUCAUGGACCACCCAAAGCACAGUGGAUCUGGUGACGGGACGAGUAUCUCACUCAUUUUUAGUUAUCCCAGAGAGCCUUUAUCCCUUAUUAGGAAGAGACUUGUUGACUAAGGUCGGGGCACAGAUUCACUUCUAUCCAGAAGGCUCCCAGGUGACAGAUGCCCAAGGGAGACCAAUACAAGCUCUGACUAUGAGCCUGGAAGAUGAGUACCGGUUGCACCAAUCACCACAGGCUCCUCACCAAGAAAUCACCUACUGGCUGGAAAGGUAUCCAGAAGCCUGGGCAGAGACUGGAGGAGUGGGACUAAUGAAGCAUAGACCAGCUCUAUUCAUUGAGGUAAAGCCAGGAGCUGAUCCAGUCAGAGUCUGGCAGUACCCUAUAUCCAUGGAGACACGGGUGGGAAUAACGGCCCACAUUAGGUGUCUGCUAGAACUGGGUAUACUGCGGCCCUGUCAGUCAGCAUGGAACACUCCCCUGCUAUCAGUCUGUAAGCCCCACUCCAAUGAAUAUAAGCCAGUGGAGGACUUAAGAGAGGUAAAUAAAUGGGUAAUGGACAUUCACCUGACUGUACUCAACCCCUACACACUCCUGAGCACCUUGCCUCACAAAAGACAGUGGUACACAGUAUUAGAUUUAAAAGAUGACUUUUUCAGCCUACCCUUGGCAGCUAAAAGCUAAGAUCUCUUGUCCUUUGAGUGGACUGAUGUAGAAAGAGAUAUUAAUGGACAGCUGAACUGGAAAAGACUUCCUCAAGGAUUUAAAAACUCACCAACACUCUUUGACGAAGCCCUGCAUGAGGACUUAGCUGUCAACCCAGCGAUUUUUCUACCAGAUCCAGACCUAGACAUGUCACUAUAUGAUUGCUCGGAGAUCUUGGCUCAAGUCUGUAAUAUCCAAGAGGACUUAAGAGAUCAGUGUUACCAGAUGGUGAACUUGUGUGGUUUACUGAUGGGAGCAGCUUUCUUCAUCAAGGACACAGGUAUGCGGGAGCAGCAGUAG